CAUCCUGCUGUUGCAGGCUAUCGCUGCUGCGCGCUAAGCCUAUUUCUUUCCUUAUGGUAUCUGAGAUACCCCUAUCAUCGUAGUAGCGUAUCAGCAAUGGUUCUGUGCUCCGACACCCUGCAGAAGGAGAAUAAGUUUUGUAGAAGUUGAAUGAGGAUGCACUGGUGCGGAAUGAAGAGCAGUGCGUGAGUAAGACCUGCCUUGGCUACUUAAACUGAGAAGCGAUCAGUCCACAUGGACAGGCAGUGCGGCAGGACGUUUCCAGUCACGUUCAGCGUAUUUGUGAGCGGACCGAAGGGCUGAGGAUUGUCUGCCUGUAUCGAUAAAAUGCUUAUACCUGAGCGAGAUUUAAUAAAGUUUGGAUGAAGAUGAGGAUCAGCGCAUCGAAGGUAUUCUCCAGGAGGGUAACGCACAGAGCUUCCUAAACAACCAUUUGCACAUUUCGUGUUUUAGCGGUGUUUAUUGGACAGAUACGCAACGGUGCAAAAUGCUAAGAGCGCGUAAAAGUAUAUGGGCACUUUUAACUGUGCUGCUGGUUGUCUGGAUACAAGACGCGAGCAGCUUCCCUGUGAGGCAUCGCAAGAGACCCAGACACGGCGAAUACACAGAGAACCAAGUCCAGAACGAGUUGGCAGACCCUCGUCCCCAUCAACAAAGGUGGCUCCAGCAUCGAUCAACAGGUGUCCUACCACAGCCUGAGCCAGAGGAAGAAUCAAAACCCUUUGUCCUAGACCUCAAAAACUUUCCAGACCUGGCAAAUUCUGACUCUGACUCUCAAAACCCAAACAUUCAGGUGACCAUUGAGGUGUUGGAUGACCCCUCCAUGGAAGGGGACAAGGACCUGGUUAAAGAAUGGAGCAACGACUGGCCCACAUCUUCUCCCUCCUCUACUGUAGAAUGGCUGGGUGGGAAGAAGCUUUUCUGGCCUUUAUUUUGGGGCUACACAGAUGUAGAUUCGGGUGAGGAUGGGACUGGUCAAGCAGUGGAGGAAGAGGAUGAUUACACACUGGAGUAUGACAGUGGAGAGCCCCUUCCUAGUGGACUGGACAAGACAGGUGGCAUUUGGGAAGGCCCAUGGACUCAACGCCAUUAUGGAGAAAAAGAGGAAGAUUGGAGUGCAUGGGGUCCCUGUAGUGUAACUUGUGGAAAUGGCAACCAGACCCGCUCACGUUCAUGUGGAGAUUUCUGCAUCUCCACAGAAUCCCGAAGCUGUGACCUUGUGCCAUGCCCAGAUGAUUGGAACAGUGUGGCUCACGUCUUUCCAUUUGAGAUGGAAAAUGGUACAGAACCCUUUGGCACUGAUGUUGACAGCUGUGAGAAGUGGUUAAAUUGUAAGAGUGAGUUUCUCCAGCGCUACCUGCAGCAGGUAUUGACUGAAUUACCCAGCUGUCCAUGCACCUAUCCUUCGGAAGCCUCCACCAAUAUUGUCAGUCUGCUGGAUGCAGGACGUGACCAGACCUUCCAGUGGAGGGAUGCUAGCGGCCCAAAAGAACGGCUGGACAUCUACAAGCCCUCGGCACACUUUUGCUUGCGUUCUGGCCUCUCAAGAGAGGGCACCACUCUGGCCGCACAGCAUUGUUGCUAUGAUGACAACAAGCUUCUAAUCACAAGGGGCAAAGGUGCAGGUACUCCCAACCUCAUAAGCACAGAGUUCUCUCCAGAGCUGCAUUUUAAGGUGGAUGUAAUGCCUUGGAUUCUGUGCAAAGGAGACUGGAGCAGGUUUCAUGCCAUCCGCCCACCCAAUAAUGGCCUGCACUGCACGGAAAACCCCCAACAGGACAUUUUCAUGAAUGAAUUGGAGGAGGCCAGAGAAUAUUAAGUCACCAAAUUACCGUCCCUUCUCUGACACACCAUCCUGCUGUGGUGCUCAACCCAAUACAAAAAAUACCAACCAGCCGCUUAAGUGUACAGUAUUAUAUUGUGGGAUGCAUUGUCAUAACUGUGGAAAUUGUGGAAAAUGUAAGAAAUGUUUAAAAAUGGAUUAUAAUCGAUCUGUUGUCAAUCUCUCUUUUGAUAUGAGGAUCUUGUAUUUGUGGAAAUGACCAAUACAGCAUUUUGUUGGUGUUGCAGUCACAUAGAGUUGGAUGCAAAGGUCUGACACCAGAAACUAUAAAUUAUUAGCAUAAUAAAAUUGCAUUAAAAAUGUAUAUGAUUUUAAUGUCUACAUUUUCUUUAAUAGACAGCGGGACUGGAUCUAACAAGAGUUCUACAUUUGAUCAAAACCUAACGAUUAUGUUAUCCAGCAUGAUUUAAGCAUAUUCCAAAGAGCAUUUCAUGUGCUUCAGUCCCCCUUCAGACCCCUUGUUGCUUUUGUGGUCAAUGUAAUUUGCUUAUUUGAUCCCCCCCUUUUCACUUUAAUGAAUUGUCAAAAUCAUAUAUUUUUUUAAACAAUAACAUUCAAUCCUAAUUGAUCUUGAAUCCCAUAUAUUGAGUGUGGACUUAGACCUUUGGAUCCCACUCUAUUUACUUUGAUAUAGUGCCAUCCAAUGUAAAAUUUGGAUCCUGAAACAAAAUGAGUAAAAUACACACACAAAAAAAAACUCUGUUUAUAGACUUGCAGGGACAUUUGAGUCAAUGGGCACACUUUCACUGCCAACUCAGGGGGAAACUAAUCCAUGUUCAUUUAGUUCUUUAAUAGAGUCAACAUUUCAGAAAGUGAACGAGUUGACAGACAUAAAGAGAAUAUUAUAAUGUGUAUCUUGUUAUAACAUCUAUGUGUAUGUACAAUGUUGCUGUUUAGUUGUUCUGCAAAUGUGCAUUUGCUGUUUUGUUAUUGCUGUUGCUUUUCAUGUGUUGUUGGGUUACUACUUAAUCUUGCUCCAGACCUCUGAUUUGAAAUAUUGCUCUUAAGAGUAUGCAGUCUGUGUAUGCACAUGCUACGGCUAGCACUUUAUUAAACAUUUAUUGAAAUGUUUAUUCGCAUGAUGAAACAUUGUUAUCCGUCUCUAUGGUGUUUUUGUUGUGAACGGAUUGCUUCCUGUGGUCAUCGCUACAUUAAUUGCAAGAAUAGUAUUUCCGCGUUAGCAUGUGUUGUACAGUAUUUAUUGUAUUUUUAUCGCACAUUUACUGACGCUUUGAACUGAUCAUCCAUUCAGGUGGUGCACUACCCAGAGUCCUCCAGGACACACUGUUCUAAAAAGGGAAAUCAUGCUCUCAAACACCUCUUUAACAACAAAACAAGUCAAUAUUUGCUGUUUAUUAUCAUGUGUGUACUUUAUAAUGAUUUUGCGAGUUGUAAGUUCUAUUAAAACAAAUACAAAGAUGAGUUUGAAAAAAUUAAAAA